AUGGACAGGGAAAUAGGCGUCGCGUUCUGCCUUAUGGUGCUUCUGUGCUACAAAGGAACCACAGUAUCACAAACCCCUUGCCCGGCCAGAUGCCAGUGUUUCACUCCUACCCAGGUACUGUGCUCCGAUGAACGAAUGACGUCUUUACCCAAGAACAUCUCCCAGGGGGUCCGGGACUUUAUCGUCAUGACAACAUCCUUGACGUACCUGUUCACCAACACCUUGCAUGAGAGCCCCAAGCUCACCAAGCUUGUCUUCUUCAACAACGUCCUGCGAGAUAUUCACGCCAGGGCUUUUGAGGAUCUCACUGAGCUGCAAGAGCUGGAGAUCAGCGGGAACCCCUGGCUGGAGACAUUGUACCUGGGAACCUUUUCAAAGCAGGGAAACCUCACUAAACUGUUCCUCAACUACAACAGAUUUAAAACUGUGCUUCCAGGAAUGUUUGAUCCCCUUAAGAAGCUAGAGACUCUGCAGAUGAAGGGCAACAUCAUAUCACAUUUGCCCAUAUUUCUGUUCCUGAAUCUCUACAACCUCCGCGUCCUCGACUUGUCCCAAAAUGCAAUUGAGGAAAUGGGAUGGGAGAAUUUCUCUGGCCUGGCUAGGCUAGAAACUCUGAAAAUGAACUACAACCUCAUUGGUGGUCUUUCUCCAGACACUUUCCACAAUAUUUCUCAGCUGAAAGAGCUCAGCUUGGAGGGGAACAAGAUAUUAGAGCUCCCUCACAGCAUCUUCUCUGUGCUAACUCAACUGGAGGUGCUGAACCUCCGCGGGAAUUUGCUCUCAAGCUUCAUUAGUGUCACUCCCCCAAGCUUGAAGGAGCUGAUCCUGAAAGGCAACAGGCUGACAGAGUUGUCCCCUGACUCUUUCGUCAGUCUCAAGUCUCUCACACACCUCAGCCUGUCCUCCAACCAGCUCUCCAGGCUUCCUGUGGACGUUUUUAAAAAUCUUACAGGCCUGGAGAGUCUGGACCUAUCUGACAACCAGCUCAUCGUGCUGCCGGAGAAGAUCUUCCACUCGCUCGGUACCGCAAAGACAAUUCACCUCCACAAGAACAACCUAAGCGAGGUGGACGGCAAGCUAUUUGAGGAGCAGUUCUUCCUUCAGCAGCUUUACCUGUCAGACAACAAGUUCCAGUCUCUCCCAGUGGGGUUGUUUGACACCUUCCUCUUUCAAAACGUAAUGAGACUGCACGGAAACCCUUGGAAAUGUGACUGCCACAUGAGCUAUCUACAUGACUGGAUGCUGCAAUACAGUGCAGAUAUAGAGGACCUUGAUAGGGUGCUCUGCAAGGGCCCUGGAUUUUUGAAAGGACACAAAGUGACCUCUAUUGAGAAGGACCAGCUGGUGUGUCAUAUACCUCAAGACGGGAUGUCUGACCUUCAUGACUGUACGUUACAGGCUACCAAUGAUACCAUGACUAUCAGGUGUAAAGUAAGCAAAUAUUCACCACUGACAGUGAAGGUACAGUUCCAGGAGGAUGAUGGCACUAUUUAUGAACACACUGUGAAAAAGGUUUGGUCAGAAGAUUUGCAGUGUGGCAACAACACACUGACCACUCAGUAG